UUCCCCCUGACGCACUGUCUGCCACGAAUGUCAGUCCACACAACGACUGGAGCUAUCAGUGUAAACAGAAAUACUGGAGUUUAAACACCACAUUUUGAACAGAGAGUGGUCCUUUCCCGCUACCCAGGCCAAGCCAAGAAGUUGCCAUGGAUACCAAAGUGGAGGACCCUUUUGCAGAGGAGGCUGCGAAGGACGCAGCAGCAGCAGAACCACCUGUAGUCUCCAGCCUCGCGGCCAGGUUGUGGUUGCCGCGUAACUUCUCCUCUAAUGUUGCUAAGGAGUGGCUGGAUCGUCGUCGUAAGUCUAUCCGUCCGUGGGCGUCCUUCGUGGACCAGCGCCGCUUCUCUAAGCCCAAGAGCCUCGCGGAGCUGUGCCAACGCGCCGUCCGGAACCUGGACACCUACCAUUCCAACUACACGUUUAUAUUCCUGGGACUCAUCCUGUAUUGCAUUAUCAGCUCUCCCAUGCUUCUGAUUGCGUUGGCGGUCUUCGCUGGAGCAUUCUACAUCAUCCACCUCAAAUCCCUCGAGAACAAACUGGUCGUCUUUGGACGGGAGUUGACUCAGGGUCAUCAGUUGGGAUUGGCUGGGGGCGUGUCCUUCCCCGUCUUCUGGUUGGCUGGAGCCGGAGCUGCUGUAUUCUGGGUACUAGGCGCUACGCUGGCUGUGAUUGGUUCCCACGCUGCGUUCCGGGAGCUGGAGUCCACUGACCUGGAUGAGCUGCUGAUGGAGCCUGUUUAAGCCCCGCCCAGACCCGCCCACCUCAAGCCCCGCCCCCACCAGUGACCUUUGACUCCCUCGGCUGCCUAGCCCCACCCACUUGCCCAGAAUGCACCCUGCUUGCCACGCUCGCGGGUGUGAGUGCGUUACAAUAUGCGACCUUGCCUCCUCCACUUGGGUUUGUCUCCUCGUACCAGGAAGUAAUAGGUCAUGAUGACAUCACUGACAACAGCAUUAUAUUUCAAUAUAUUUUUUUCAUUUGCAAUUGGGAUGGUGAAUGAAAAACAGUCCCCCAAAAGUUGUUGUGGCUAGGCUGACAGCUGGGAAACUUUAUCGUUUUCUCCACGGAGGAGGGGCCAGGAGGCGGGACGAGGAGACAAGCGGAGGAGGCAAGGUCGCAUAUUGUAACACAUUCUGUGUGUGUGUGUGUGUGUGUGUGUGUGUGUGUGUGUGUGUGUGUGUGUGUGUGUGUGUGUGUGUGUGUGCGUAUGUGUAUGUGUAUGUGUGUAUGUUAUAAACAUGGCUGAAAGUGCAUUAGCACAGGGUUAAGUAAUGUAGACACGCACACACACACACACACACACACACACACACAUAGUCAGUCUGGUACAUGUGUGUGUGUGUUGAUGUGAUGAUCAUUGUGCCUAAAUAAGAGGGUUACUGACGGUGAUGGUGUUACAUGAGAGGCUCAUCUUGGCUGCGUUCCAAUAUGCGACCUUGCGACCUCCACUUGUGCUUGUGGCAUAGAACCAGGAAGCAAUAUGUUGUGAUGACAUCACUGAUUACAGCAUUAAAUUUCAAUAUCUCGCAAAAGCUCAAUUGUAGAGACAUUUGCUCAUUUGCAAACUGCAUGGUGAGUGUAGAACAGUCCCCCAAAAGUGGUUGUGGCUACAGCAGGCUGACAGCUGGGGAACUCAAUUGUUCUCUCCAGGGAGGCGGCCGGGGAUUAAUCGAUUAAUCACGAUUCAAUUUGAUUCGAUUCAUUCCGAAUCGAUUCAAUCCGUUCCCUUCUUGGUGCCAGGAUUUCCCCCAAAAGAUGCUGUUGCCUAUUUUUAUAUAAAAAUGUCAAAGAUGUGGCUUGACAGUGUUAACAGAUUGCUAAUUUGUAAUAGGCCUAGGCCUAAUUGACUAAUACCUACUGUGUAUUUUCCAUAGACCUAAAAUAAACAAAAAGAAGGAAAAGAAAAUGAACCAAAAAAAAAAUAUUUUGUGCCCUGUGAAUUGGUUAUCUGAAUUUUAGAUUAAAUCGAUCGAUUAUCAAUUAAAUCGAUAAUUUUACCCAGCCCUAUGUGUGACCAUGUGCUGUAACAGUUAGUUAUGAUGUACGCCAAACAUUUAUUAUAUUUACGUCUUGCCACAGUGGAUGUGUUUACGUCUUACCACAGUGGAUAUGUUUAUUGAGCUUUAUGACUUUAUUUAGCUUCAGCCUAGUUCAUCCUGCGUUCCAAAUGUUAUUUUUUUGUCUUAGUGUAGAUUAUGGUGUUAGCUUAGCAAAUAUUAGCAUGGCUCUACGCAGGAUGUGCAAAAAGAGAAGAUUAGAGAAUUCAAACUCCGCCCAUCCAAUACAAAGGAGUGUGUUCAAUAAGUUGGGUCUCCUAAGGGGGCGUUGUCUCCUCCUUCUUCUCUCUCUGUGGCAUUUCCUUCUUCUUCUUCUUCUCUGUUUGUGAUGUUUGGUGACGGCUUGCACAAGAUGUGUGCUACCGCCGUCUACAGUGCUAACGGAACUCUAAAGUCUCCUAAAGGGGCGUUCACCUGAUGUCACAUGGAUCUAGGAAAAGUCUGAGCCUUAAAGGGACACUGUGUGUUUAUUUCCAGAAUUCAUGCUGCCCAUUCACUAAUGUUGCAUUUUUCACUUACCACCACCAUCACAUUCUAAGUAUUCACUAUGACUGGAAAAAUUGCACUUUUCAUACAUGAAAAGGGGGAUCUUCUCCAUGGUCCGCCAUUUUGAAUUUCCAAAAACAACCAUUUUUAGCUGCAAAAAUGACUGUACUUGGACCAUUCUAGAAAAUAUUUGUUUAUUACUUAGUAAACUUUCAUGUAAAGAUCAAAUUUGGCAAUAGGCAGCCCAGUUUCAAUGAGCCGCAUACUUGCAGUACCUUUUUUGACCAUUUCCUGCAAAGUGUCCCUUUAAGUAUCUUACUCUAAUCUCCUCUCUUUGGUAUGUGUAGCUUCAUGCAGCUGCUUCAUACAGCUUGGUAUGUAUUCAGCUGCUUCAUUCAGCUGCUAACAGCUUGGUAUGUAUUCAGCUGCUUCAUUCAGCUGCUAACAGCUUGGUAUGUAUUCAGCUGCUUCAUUCAGCUGCUAACAGCUUGGUAUGUAUUCAGCUGCUUCAUUCAGCUGCUAACAGCUUGGUAUGUAUUCAGCUGCUUCAUUCAGCUGCUAACAGCUUGGUAUGCGUGGCCCAGCUGCUCCAUUCAGCUGCUAACAGCUUGGUUUGUGUGGCCCAGCUGCUACAUGCAGCUGCUAACAGCUUGGUAUGUAUGAUCCAGCUGCUAACAGCUGCUAACAGCUUGGUAUGUAUGAUCCAGCUGCUUCCGCUAGUUUAGCAUCAUGUAGGCUUCACAGUUGGCUCUAAAAUCAUAUAUUUUAUUCUUACUGUUGUUUUUAUUUUAUUCUUUUUUUUUUACUUUUCUACUCUUGGGGCUGCUCUGGGGCGAGUUUCUCGAAAGUGUAGUUGUUAGCCUGUUAGCAGCUUUAGUAGUUGCCAAUGGGAAAUUGCCUUGCAAACAACAAAGUAGCUAGCACAGUUAGCCACUAUGGUUUCGAGAAAUGCACCCCUGCUCUGGUCUGCUCUUCGCUCCUCAGUCAGAAGUGCAAUAAUAAAGAUCUCUAAAGUAAUGCACAAAGAUCUCCAAAGUAAGUCAUAAAGAUGUGUCUCUGGGAUAAUAAAGACGUGUCUCUGGAACAGAAACCUGCUGAGUGUCUUCAUUCGUAACAAUAUAGGCCAGUGAUUCUCAACGUGUGGUCCGUGGACUUCUGGUGGUCCGCGACAGAGCUCAGGUGGUCCGUGAUGGGAUUUCUACUUUUCCCAGACAAGCUAGCAGUAGGCUAUAUUUGUAACAUUAUUACACAGCUAAACAUAGCUUCACCACAAAAAGACAGACUUGUAAUGUGAAUAAAAAGCAACUGAUCUGCAUCGUAAUUAGCAGUAGGCUAUCAAAUUCGCACCCGUCAACUUUGAACAUUUUUGGGGGGACAAAGUGGUCCCCGGUCUGAAGAACUUUGAGAAUCACUGAUGUAAUGCAUAAAGAUCUCCAAAGUAAAUCAUAAAGAUCUCUAAUGUAGGCCUAAAUCAUAAAAAUCUCUAAUGUAAAUCAUAAAGAUCUCUAAUGUACAUAAAGAUCUCUAAUGUAAUGCAUAAAGAUCUCCAAUGUAAAUCAUAAAGAUCUCUAAUGUAAAUCAUAAAGAUCUCUAAUGUACAUAAAGAUCUCUAAUGUAAAUCAUAAAGAUCUCUAAUGUAAUUUAAAUCAUAAAGAUCUCCAAUGUAAUGCUUAAAGAUCUCUAAUGUAAUAAAGAUCUCUAAUGUACAUAAAGAUCUCUAAUGUACAUAAAGAUCUCUAAUGUAAAUCAUAAAAAUCUCUAAUGUAAAUCAUAAAGAUCUCUAAUGUACAUAAAGAUCUCUAAUGUGAUAAAGAUCUCUAAUGUACAUAAAGAUCUCUAAUGUACAUAAAGAUCUCUAAUGUAAAUCAUAAAGAUCUCUAUUGUAAUAAAGAUCUCUAAUGUAAAUCAUAAAGAUGUGUAUCUGGGGUAAUAAAGAUGAAUCUCUGGAAUAGACGCCUGCUGUGUGUCUUUAUUCAGACAUUUUAAUAUAGAAUGAUGAUAAUGUGAAGCGUGAAGUGCAAUUAUAAAGAUGUAUCUCUGGAACAGUUAAGCAAUAUGACCCGAGUGGACUGACAUCCUCCCUGGAACAGUUAAGCAAUAUGACCCGAGUGGACUGACAUCCUCCCUGGAACAGUUAAGCAAUAUGACCCGAGUGGGAGGGAUGAUGUGCACUGACAUCCUCCCUGGUGUGGUUAAUAUGACCCGAGUGGACUGAC